AUGAUUCCCUUUAGGAUAAAUCAUAUUAAUUAAAUUAUACUUAAUUUGAAUCAUUAGAUUUAAGUUUAUACUAUAUAAAACACUGAAUAAACAAAUUGCUAAAGUUUAAUUGAGGAAUAUAACAAUGCACUUGAUAAAUUAUAUAAAUUGAAUAAGGAAGAUUUAGUGGAAUUAAAAAGAACUCGUAAUCCUCCAACAAUAUUAGUAAAGGUGAUAAUAAUAAUCUGUGUACUUUUAGAUCACUCUUUUAAACCCGAAUAAUAGAGUUGGGAAGAAUGUUAAAAAAUAAUAGGAAAUUUUAACUACGUGAAUUCACUCCAUAGUUUAGAUAUUGGGAAAAUUAAUGAGAGCUAAUUAACAUACAUAAAAACAAUAAGGUAAAUUUCAGAAGUUUAAGCAUCAAAAAUAUCAAAUGCAUGCAGCACAUUUUAUUAAUUUAUUUUAGUUGUUUUAUAAAUUAGGGAAUCAAAAUAGUACAUAUUUAAAAGAAAAAUAGAAUUAAUUGAAUUAUUAAUUAAACAAGCAUAAAAACACCAAACAUUUUUACAAAAAAUGAUUGAAUGA